CCUUGAUCGUAUGACGUUUCUUUUUACUCUGCCUCACUCUGCCUUCCUUUUCCAUUUUAAACGUUUGAACAAAAUAAAUUAUAAAAAUGGCAAGUUUGGGUCAAUGCGAAACGCCAGGUUGUUCAAAUCCUGCAAAAUUGCAAUGCCCUACUUGCAUUAAGCUAGGAAUUCCGGGCUCGAUAUUUUGUUCACAAGAAUGCUUCAAGAGUAAUUGGAAAACUCACAAAAUUAUCCACUCUUUAGCCAAAGGAGAAAAUAUAGAUGGGAAAAAAGAAGAUUCCUACAAUCCUUGGCCCAGUUAUUCAUACACAGGGAAGUUGAGACCUUUUCCACAAUCAGCCAAAAGAACUGUACCAUCUCAGAUUCAAAGACCAGAUUAUGCGGACCAUCCACAAGGUUACCCUCUCAGUGAACAAGCUGUCAAAGGUUCCGGACUUAUUAAAGUGUUGGAUGAUGAAGAAAUUGAGGGUGUUAAAGUAGCUAGUAGGCUAGGCAGAGAAGUCAUAGAUGAAGCUGCAAGAGUAUGUGAUGUUGGAGUAACUACUGAUGAAAUUGAUAGAAUAGUACAUGAGGCUUGCAUUGAACGUGAUUGUUAUCCAUCUCCUCUAAAUUAUUAUGAAUUCCCAGCAUCAUGCUGUACAUCUGUCAACGAAGUUAUUUGUCAUGGAAUUCCUGAUAGUAGACCACUUGUGGAUGGUGAUUUAUGCAAUGUGGAUGUCACUGUUUAUCAUAGAGGCUUCCAUGGCGAUUUGAAUGAGACUUUCUUUGUGGGAAAUGUUAGUGAGAAACAUAAAAACUUAGUAAAGGUUACUCACGAAUGUUUAAUGAAAGCUAUAGAUAUUGUUAAACCAGGAGAAAAAUAUAGGGAAAUAGGUAAUAUUAUCCAAAAACAUGCCCAAAGCCAUGGGUACCAAGUGGUUAGGAGCUACUGUGGUCAUGGGAUCCAUAGGUUAUUCCACACAGCACCCAAUGUACCUCAUUAUGCAAAAAACAGAGCUAUAGGUGUGAUGAAACCAGGCCAUUGCUUUACAAUUGAACCCAUGAUAUCAGAAGGUACUUGGCGUGAUGAAAUGUGGCCCGACAAAUGGACAGCAGUCACAGCAGAUGGCCAAUGGUCAGCCCAAUUUGAACAUACACUUUUAGUCAAUGAAACAGGCUGUGAAAUUUUGACACGACGAAGGGAAAAGAAUGGACAACCUCACUUUAUGGAUAAACUUUAAUAAUUUGGAUGUUUUUUCCAGUUGUCUACCAUAAAAUGAUAGAAAUUUAACAUAUUUACAAUUGCUUUAGAAUAUAAGAACUGACAAGUUUUGGUCUUAAACAAUUUGGGGGUAAACAUUUUUUCUAUAUUUUAGUGUCCUUGUGAGCGAUAAAGCCAUAGUCAACUAUUCCCCCAUUGUUGAUCAAUAAAAGCUUGUCAGUUCUUCUUUUAUUUUAUCUUUCGAAACACUUUUUAUUUUUAACUUAAGUUGUUGCAGAAUUGAUCGUAUUCAUUUUUGGACAGUUUUUUUUAUGGAAAACUUGGAAUGGUGUUCAAUUCCAUUUUGAAUUGAUUGAUUAUUAACCAAAAUUGUGUAAUUGUUGGAGAGAAAUUGUAUAUCUAAUGAAAACAUGUAGAGUUUGUGCACAAGCUGUAAUAAAAUCUCAUUAUUAUAAUUUUGAAUCUGUU